CUUUAUCCGUUUGUGCCGCCGGUAACGGUGUCGUGACCUCCACACUACCCAAGAGCACUCUUGAAAUCUUUUAAACUACUAGCAUUUCAUAUCGAUUUCAAAGUCCAGUUCAUAGUUUAUUUUCUAGUUUCUUUUGGGGUGUCAUCAUGCGUCUCCAGAUUAUCCUUUGCGUAAUGGCCCCGCUCAUUUGCCCAUAUCUGGUCGCUGAGGCGCGGAUAACCAGACGCUUCGCCAUCGGCUGCCCGGAGAAGUGCGACAAGUCGCAGUGCGCGCCGAUCCCCGCUGACUGCUUGGCCGGGGACGUGCUGGACCGCUGCGACUGCUGCCCGGUGUGCGCGUCCGGCGAGGGCGAGCAGUGCGGCGGCACCGGAGACCACGAGUGCGCCGAGGGGAUGGAGUGUGUUGUGACCGACGGCGUGGAGGUGUCCGCCACAGUCAGGCGGAGGGGCAAGGCCGGUGUGUGCGCGUGCACCAGCACCGAGCCCGUGUGCGGCAGCGACGGCGUCUCGUACCGGAACAUCUGCGAGCUGAAGCGCGUCAGCAACCGGGCGAUGAAACUGCAGCAGCCGCCGGUGAUUUUCAUCCAGAGAGGCGCCUGUGGGAAAGGUCAGCAGAACCCUGACAGUCUUCGUUACAAGUACAACUUCAUCGCUGACGUGGUGGAGAAGAUCGCACCUGCUGUUGUUCAUAUUGAACUGUACCGCAAGAUGAUAUUUUCUAAGCGGGAGGUGGCAGUAGCCAGCGGCUCAGGGUUUGUUGUGUCAGAGGACGGACUCAUUGUCACCAACGCCCACGUGGUGGCUAACAAGCAACGAGUAAAGGUGGAGCUGAAGAGCGGAGCCACAUUCGACGCCAAGAUCAAAGACGUGGAUGAGAAGGCCGACAUCGCUCUGAUCAAGAUCGAUGCACCGAUGAAGCUGCCGGUGUUGCUGCUCGGCCGGUCGGCGGACCUGCGUCCUGGCGAAUUCGUGGUCGCCAUAGGAAGCCCGUUCUCCCUGCAGAACACCGUCACCACCGGCAUAGUCAGCACCACCCAGAGGGGAGGCAAGGAGCUGGGCCUCCGCAACUCUGACAUGGACUACAUCCAGACAGACGCCAUCAUCAAUUAUGGCAACUCCGGAGGACCACUAGUCAAUCUGGAUGGAGAGGUGAUUGGCAUCAACACUCUGAAGGUCACAGCGGGAAUCUCCUUCGCCAUCCCCUCAGACAAGAUCAGACAAUUCCUGGCAGAGUCACACGACAGACAGGCCAAAGGUAAAACAUUCCAGAAGAAGAAAUACAUCGGCGUUAGAAUGAUGAGUCUCACUUCAACGCUGGCUAAGGAGCUGAAGGAGAGGCACUCAGACUUCCCAGAUGUCACCUCCGGGGCGUAUGUCAUGGAGGUCAUCAGCCGAACUCCAGCUGAAGCAGCUGGCCUGCAGGAGGGCGAUGUCAUCAUCAGCAUCAAUGGCGAGCAAGUCACCUCAGCCAGUGAUGUCAGCGCUGCCAUAAAGCGGGACGACACGCUGCGAACAGUGGUGAGGCGAGGCAACGAGGACGUCAUGCUCACCAUCGUCCCCGAGGAGGUUGAGCCUUGACCUCUCAGAACUCAACCACCCAACCCGUCAACCAAUCCCGAGCUGGCUCUCAGUGUUUUUCAACCAAUCGUGAACACUUUGAAAAACCUAGCAACCAAUAGGGGUGUGUUUGUCUGGGGCCACACCUACUGUGUUUAAGAACUUGUAAUUAUUAGUAAUACUCUUCCAAGGUGUUAUGCUCACACACACCUUCAGAGGUCCAACUUCAUAACGCUGGGAACUGAAGCUUCAACCCUGUCAUCAUACGUCUCAUGUUAGUUUUAAUAUUUCCUCUAAUCCCAAUUUACUUUCCAUCAUCACUGACCUUUUAUAUUCUACUAACAACACCUAUCACUAUAAAAUGGUUACUGCAGGUUACCGCAGUCCUCUUUAAAUGUCUAUGUUGUUGAUGGAAUAUUUUUUUAAAGUAUUUUUGCCUCAAUGUGUUUGAAGACAAUUUUUCAAAAAAAGGGAAUAAAAUUAUUUUCAAAAGUGUUGUCUUUAUUGAUAAUGUCAAUGUAAUGAUGGUUGAGUUCAAACGUCAGUCCUGCUUCCAAAAGGAACUAACAAGCACGACAGGUUUUGUACUAGCUUUGAAUGUCCAUGCAGUACUUUCCCAUUUUCAUAAUAGAUUAUUUUUUGUGAAUGACAAACAAACAAUUCUUUAGUGAGAUCUAUGCAUUGCAGGUAGGGGUUCCUCAUGGAGCCUUCUAGGAUCCCCUGAGCUUCCGAAGAUACUUUCAGGUUUGAUCAUCGUGUAUUUGGUUUUCAUUUCUUCUACAUUUUCUUCUUCAACAUAAUUUUUUCAACUAACAGCAAACAGUCUUUGUGGUCUAGCUAGGCUUUGUCCCCCAUCUAACACUAGAGGCAGGCUGACACACAACCCAAAGCAAGACUCUUCCACCAGCAAUACUCUCUUACUGUACAUGAUACUAAACUUUAACCCAGAGUUGACAACUGACUAUGACCUAAAAUGGCUGUUAUGUCAGAAUACGAAGUCAAUACAUGCUGGUGAACACAAUGAAGCAUUCAGCAGCUGUAGAGCAAGAUCAUUUAGUCAAAGUUGGUGGAGACCAAAACAGAGCUAAAAGGAUUAUGAAUAUUGGAUUGAGGCCAGAGGCCCGACUCCAAAUGAAUGCUAAUGUUGCUUUGUGUCUGCUGGAUGGCAAAAUAAGCAAAUGUUUGUUAACAUAUUCACCAUGUCAACUUCAUAUAUGUACAGUAGGCUAUAUCAACAUUUUUUUACUGCUUGUUUUGCGGCCCCCAAAAAAUCAAUUGUUACACAUUUUGAAAAUCUUAUAACCUUAAAUCUUGACACUCCAAAUGAAACUGAAAAUGGAGUUUAGAAUAAUUCGUAACAUAUAAAUAAACACAUCUUCUUUAACGGUGUUUGCAACUGUAUGUAUAUGAAAAACAGCAGAAAGUGAACUCCAGCACGACCCCAGCAGCCGAGCUCUGUUCAAAAGGACACCAAGAAAACAAGCUGAGAAAGAACUCACAUCAUCUCUCAAAACACCUUCUUCUUUUCUCUUGUCCUAUCUUAUCUUGUCCUCCCUCUGUGCCAUGUUACACGCUGAAAUAAUGAAUUUAACACACCAUGACACAAUAUGUUGGCCCCUGUGUGUGUCUAUAGGCCCAGUGGAGCGAAGGUGUUACGUAACACUUGACACAGUUAUUACAGUGAGGUUAGUUAUGUGUUCUCUGUGCAGGGGGUCAGCAGGGGAGAGCUUACAGAGAGCUAAACUAAAAUGGGCAUCCACUGCUGAACUUGCUAGUAAGAUUUGAGUGUUUCAACAUUUUAAGUAAGACAAAACAGCAAUCAAUUUAACACUGAUCAGCUCCAUCUCAAGAAGUGUAGUUGCUGACUACUGGGAAAUUUGUUCAGUAUGUAUUUCUAGUACAUACUGUACAUACAUACGAAUUCAAAAAUGAAUGUCUCAGUACAUAUUUAUGAGCAAAAUAAAUAUUUUCCAUGGUUGCCAUGUUUGCACGAUAA